AUUAAGGUGAAUGGCACGCUUUAUCACUGUCAUCUAGCAGUGACAGCAUGCAAUCAGGGCAGGCGCAGGGAGUUUGUGCCACGCUUUUUAUUGAAACACACAUGAGGGAUAGAUCUAGCCUGUGUGAUAACAUCCAGUCAAUUACUUUUCCAUCAACUGUGAAUUAUUGGCAUGGGCUCACCCCUUUCACUUGGUGAUGACUGUUUAUGCUUAUUUUGCGGUGGUGAUGCACAGUGCCUACAGAAAGUCUUCACACCCCUUGACUUUUUCCACAUGUUGUGUUACAGCCUGAAUUAAAAAUUUAUUAAAUUGAGAUUGUGUCACUGGCCUACAUACAAUACCCCAUAAUGUCAGUGGAAUUAUGUUUUUAGACAUUUUUACUAAUUAAUUAAAAAUGAAAAGCUCCAAUGUCUUGAGUCAAUAAGUAUUCAACCCCUUUGUUAUGGCAAGCCUAAAGUUCUGGAGUAAAAAUUUGCUUAACAAGUCACAUAGUAAAUUGCAUGGACUCACUAUGUACAAUAAUAGUGUUUAACAUGAUUUUCGAAUGACUACCUCAUCUCUGUACCCCACACAUACAAUUAUCUCUAAGGUCCCUCAGUCAAGCAGUGAAUUUCAACCACAAAGGCCAGGGAGGUUUUCCAAUGCCUCGCAAAGAAGGGCAACUGUUGGUAGAUGGGUAAAAAUAAUAAAAGCAGACAUUCAAUAUCACUUUGAGCAUGGUGAAGUUAUUAAUACACUUUGGAUAGUGUAUCAAUACACCCAGUCACUACAAAGAUAAAGGUGUCCAUCCUAACUCAGUUGCCGGAGAGGAAGGAAACCGCUCAGGGAUUUCACCAUGAGGCCAAUGGUGACUUUAAAACAGUUACAGUUAAAAAAAACUGAGGAUCAACAACAUUGUAGUUACUCCGCAAUACUAACCUAAUUGACAGAGUGAAAAGAAGGAAGUCUGUACAGAAUAAAAAUAUUCCAAAACAUGCAUCCUGUUUGCACUAAAGUAAAACUGCAAAAAAUUUGCCAAAUGAACUUUAUGUUCUGAAUACAAAGCGUUAUAUGUUUGGGGCAAAUCCAACACAACAAACACAUCACUGCGUACCACUCUUCAUAUUUUCAAGCAUGGUGGUGGCUCUAUCAUGUUAUGGGUAUGUGUGUCAUCGGCAAGGACUCAGGAGUCUUUAAUAAACAUAAUAGAGCUAAGCACAGGCAAAAUCCUAUUGUAUUUCAUUUUGAAUACAUUUGCUGACAUUUCUAAAAACAUGUUUUCACUUUUCACCAUUUUGAAUUCAGGCUGUAACACAACAACAUUUGGAAUAUGAAUACUUUUUGAAGGCACUGUAUACAAAUAUGCCAAGGUUAAAUUAGAUUACCAAGAAAGAUAAUUUCCACAGCAAAUCUAUCUCAAAGUGAUUUUUAAUUUAGGAAAUCUGUUCCCAAGUAUUCCCACGCAUAGAGAGGCAUAUGUGAUCCUAUCCCAAUGUCAUCAAGGUUUGAAAUUAUUGUGUUUUUGUCAAAUACUGUAUCUGUUUGUGAUUAUUGCGGUCAAUUUGCAGUGUACAAAUUAUUUAUAACUGCUGUAUGUUCCGGCCCCCCGACCAUCCCCUUUUCCCUGAGGUCGGGGGGCCGGAACAUACAGCAGUUAUAAAUAAUUUGUACACUGCAAAUUGAACGCAAAAAAAGAAAAGAUAACCGUACACAUAUUAUUGCUAACAGUUAUCUGUGGGAGAAAAAAUAUUCUGUUAUGAAACUGCUUGUCACCAUACUUGUUAGUGCUACUUAAUGGGGUAUGUCUUACUUUGCAAAUAAUUUAUUAUGUUUAAAUUGCUGCAUUCAACUUUCAGUAUUUUUUCCAAUAUCAUAUUCUCUGUUUUCAUUCUCCCAGCUGUCCCAAAGCAGCAAAAUCUACGUCCAGCCGCAAGGUAAGCUCUGCAGGAUGAAAUAUUCACUGCCCAUAGCUGUGCUUCCCUGUGUGUCUGUGGCAGUAUUUGCUGUUGCAUUAAGCAGCUUUGGCAGUUCUCCCACCAUAACAUGCUGCAGUAGAGUAUUUUGAGUCGCUCUUGCCAUUGGCUAUCUGUCACACCACAUGGGUCAGCCCAAAGCAGCACAGAGAGGUGUACUGUAGGUCUCCAAGCCGCAAGUCUGCUGAGCCAAUAGUGCCCCGGACCAGCACAAACAAAACAUGAUGCAUGCACCCACCUGUGAAAGAUGUAACGUGUCAGCAGGUAGCAAUCCCAGAUGUGUUAUCUUACCUCAUGUCACACAGUAGUGGUUAAUCGUCAUCACCCAAUGUGGAGUAUGUGUGAUAAGUUGCACGGAGAUGCAGAGCACAUUAGCGUGUUCAUAUGGAGGAGGCCGACCUAAUGAUAGAUAUGAACCUUUGAGAAAGUCAGGGACUUCAGUAAAUGAUAAUUAAUCCUAUGACCCCGAAGUUACCUCCCACAGAUGGCAUACUAUAUGUCCGUAUUACGGGCAGUGCAGUCAAAAAAUAGAUUUUUCAGUGUUUUAUAUUUCUACACUAUGAGGUUGGAAUAAUAUUGUGAAAAUGAUUAUAAUGCACUUUUAGUAUCUGAGCUGUUUAAAAAGACUGUCUGAGAUUUCAUCUUGUUUGGCUGGGUGUGGUUUUUGGACUGCCUGGUGACAUGUAACAAAGUGAGUUUGCCCUCCUCUCUGCCAAUAACUGAUAGUUUUAAGGUUACAUAUCCCUCCCAUUAGGCUCCUUUUAAUGAGGCCCCUCUCUCAGACCACUCCCAGACAGUCCUAGCAAAAUUCUUGCUUGAGAAAUGUUAUUUUGCUAAGAAGUUUUUUUAUUUUUUUUUAAUCAUUUUAAAUCACAGUAAGGUACUUAAUUGUUACCCAGAUAUGAUUUGAUAUUGAGAUAACAACGGCUGCAAUGGACCAUUAAUAUUACUUAACUCUUUCUUGGAAAAUACAAUGACCUAUCCUUUGGAUGUGGCCUCUUUCACAGACACACUGUUUCUUUUCUUUGGUUCUGAAGGGAUCAAGACUGAGGUGGCUCAGAGCUUCAGCUGGAGGGAAUUUCUAAGGCGCUCAGGUACUUUUUUCACAAAAGUUAACUUGGAAACAAAUCGGGGAAAUAAACCAUAGAUGACAGGUUUUUAAGCAACAACAUGGAAGAAGACCUGGAGGACAUGCACAUUAGCCCUUUUCUCUCGCUCUCACCCAUCUCUCACCCAUCUCCCCCUCGUCCCUCUCUCCUCGCUUGCUCCAUCUACUCCUCUCAGUCCCUAUCCCACCACCACCAUAUUAAAUGUAUGUCAUUACUCAAAGUAGCUUCCCCACACACAGCCCUGACUUUAAAUUGAACAUUGUAGGACGAUUUCCAUCCCAGGUACAUCAGAGCUCAGGGCAGUUCAGGAAUGCAGCUCUCCAACACCCUGUGAUUAAUAGCUCUCCCAUACAAGGCCAUUCCUAACCAGGUUUCUACACUGGUGCCAGUAAUACUGAUUGCCAACAGUCACUUCCCCAUUCAGUAUACAUGAGAGAAGAGUGGCUGCUCAGCUGUUGAUUCUUUGUAGUUUAAUACUUUCUAAUAUAAAGGUGUGAAAAAGACUGCCUGUGCUGUUUUUCUCUGCAUGUUUGUGUGUGAGAAAGCAUGCAAUAUCCUGCCUACCUGGACAUGGUACGGUGUAUACCAUGUGUAUCCUGUACAUCCAACUAAUACAACUUUGUAACAUGGAAACCAGAAUUAAUUAACAGUUACAAAUUGUAGGCUCCUUUUAGUAUUUAAAAAUAUAUAUAUUUUUCAGUGUCAGAAAAAGAGUUGAUUUUCAUGCAGUCUUGUGGUUGUUAUUAGAUUCUUGUUGGAUGCCUUUGUUUCCAUGUUGUUUACCAGAUUAGUUGUUAUAUUCCCUCUUUUGUACUUUGGCAUGCUGAGGUCCUAUUUCUACUCCCAGAAUAAUAAUUAUUCAGUCUUCAUAACUUUAAUUCUCGGCUCUUCUCAGACACAACAAAACGUGCUGGCAGAAUCAACGCCUCCAGCGUCAGAAAGAGAUCAAUCCUUUAGCCUAUCCUGUCAACUUGUCCCCUCCAUGUCUUCACACACACUUCGGCACAGUGGGGGACCCUUUCUCAUCUGCAUGUUUUCCUUUUCAAUAUCAGUUUUUUUCUUUCCUUUUGUUUUGUCUCAAAGUAAAGCAGAGCAUGUUCGUUCUGCCAAACAAGGCUUGUUGUGCCCUCCCAUGCAAUUGCACCAUGACACACAGUGAGAAUGGCAGAUAACUAAAACUCUCCUCUUGUAUGUAGGUUAGAGUAGGCCCUUUUAAGCUCAAAAUGUGUGUGUGGGGGUCUUUGAGGGUAGAAUGUUAAUCUAAGGGAGAGUCAUGGCCCAGGGAGCGCACUCCAAGAUACACUAUAUAUACAAAAGUAUGUGGACACCCCUUCAAAUUAGUUGAUUCGGCUAUUUCAGCCACACCCGUUGCUGUCAGGUGUUACAAUCGAGCACACAGCCAUGCAAUCUCCAUAGACAAACACUGGCAGUAGAAUGGCCUUACUGAGGAGCUCAGUGACUUUCAACGUGGCACCGUCAUAGGAUACCACCUUUCCAACAAGUCAGUUCAUCAAAUUUCUGCAUCGCUAGAGCUGCCCCGGUCAACUGUAAGUGCUGUUAUUGUGAAAUGGAAACAUCUAGGAGCAACAACGGUUCAGCCGCGAAGUGGUAGGCCACACAAGCUCACAGAACUGGACCACCAAGUGCUGAGGUGUGUAGCAUGUAAAAAUAGUUUGUCCUCGGUUGCAACACUCACCGAGUUCCAAACUGCCUCUGGAAUCAACGUCAGUACAAUAACUGUUUGUCGGGAGCUUAAUGAAAUGGGUUUCCAUGACCGAGCAGCCUCACACAAGCCUAAGAUCACCAUGCGCAAUGCCAAGUAUCGGCUGGAGUGGUGUAAAGCUUGUCGCCAUUGGACUCGAGCAGUGGAAACGCGUUCUCUGGAGUGAUUAAUCACUUUUCACCAUCUGGCAGUCCGACAGACGAAUUUGGGUAUGGCGGAUGCCAGGAGAACGCUACCUGCCCCAAUGCAUACUGCCAAUUGUAAAGUUUGAUGGAGGAGGAAUAUUGGUCUGGAGGUGUUUUUCAUGGUUUGGGCUAGGUCCCUUAGUUCCAGUGAAGGGAAAUCUUAACGUUACAGCAUACAAUGACAUUCUAGACGAUUCUGUGCUUCCAAGUGUUUGGGGAACGCUCUUUCCUGUUUCAGCAUGACAAUGCCCCCGUGCACAAAGCGAGGUCCAUACAGAAAUGGUUUGUCGAAAUCGGUGUGGAAGAACUUGACUGGCCUGCACAGAGCCCUGACCUCAACCCCAUCGAACACCUUUGGGAUGAAUUGGAACGCCGACUGCGAGCCAGGCAUAAUCGCCCAACAUCAGUGCCCGACCUCACUAAUGCUCUUGUGGCUGAAUGGAAGCAAGUCCCUGCAGCAUUGUUCCAACAUCUAGUGGAAAGCCUUCCCAGAAGAGUGGAGGCUGUUAUAGCAGCAAAGGGAGACCAACUCCAUAUUAAUGCCAUGAUUUUGGAAUGAGAUGUUCGACGAGCAGGUGUCCACAUACUUUUGGUCAUGUAGUGUACCACCUCAGUGGAACAUGAGGCCCAGGCAACCCAGCUGCCUGAUUGAAGAUGCUUCUGUCUCUGUAUUACCCUUUGGUUGUGGUGAAACCUCCAAGGGCAGAGAGUGUAGUGUUAGGAGGAUCCUGAGGCUGCAGCUCCAUCAAAGAGGCUCAGUAUCAGUAGUGGUGCCCCCCUGCUGUGUGCACUGUGGGGUUGAGGGUGUAGGCAGGUGCAGGGCCAAGGAGAGCAGGCUGGUGAGUGACAGACAGCCCUGGUGGAUCACCGGGGGUUGAGGGGGCGGUGAGGGCCGGGUACAGGCAGGGGUCUUCUGAGGUAAGGCAGGUUUUACACUGUAGGGAAUGGGUUUUCUGAAUCUGUCCCAAGUCUAACUCCCUAUGGUUUGCCCUAAAUUCCGUUUAAAUUAUGUUUGGAAAGCUGCAGUGUUUCAGAAGCUCUUAUUUAGCCUCUGUGUUCAGUAUGUUUUACAAUGUGGCAGUCCCCAGACGUACUGACAGGAGCCACAGAACACACACACACUGAACAAUGACAGGGAGCUAUGCAAAGUGCCCCUCAAGAUCAAAGGCAGAAGAACAAAAAAGUGUUUCUGCGAUACAAGGGACAGGAGACAGGCAAAAAACAAAUGCUGCUGGCACAACAGACAAUUUGUCCAAUUCAGUUUCGCCCCUGAAGAAAGAUGAAUUGUUUUUAAGUCUCCGGAGGGUUUUAUUUUCUCUGUUUGUAUUGGAUUAUUUUGCCUGCUUUGACAGGCCUGUGAACUUUUUUUCCAGCUCUUCGACAUUCUUUCUCUGUCUCCAUUUAGAUCUGAAGUCGUGAAAAGGUUGUAUCCUAACUGACACCCUUUGUCCUCCCCUGAAUUGGUGGGAGGAAAUUCAGUUUAAAUUACACAUUAUUGUAUUAUUUCUCUAUUGCAUCAUAGACCUGUGAACAUUUCACAAGGCCGGUAAGGAAGUCACAAAAACAGGUUCCGAGUUGUGGUAUUCCUCCAGGUCCCAUAGGGCUGUUGGUAAAGAGAGGAGGGAAGGGGAAAUCAGGGAGUGCUGAAGUAUCAGGUUUCAAUGUCCCUGCUGCAGAGUCUUAUGCUGCACAGACUGUAUGGGGUGGAUGGGAGAUUUUGUUGAUCUCACAAAAGUAACCAAUGCGCCACAUCUUUUUUUACUGCUUUGUUUUAUAUAAAUGAAAGCUGUGAUACAGUAGGGCCCUGAUCCCUACCUCACUUGGUGCUGCUUGUGUCUUUAAUCAUCCCCUUUGUGAACAGUGCAGUGUUUUUUUUUAUUUUAUUUUGUAUUGGUUUUGGCUGGGAUUCAACAGUCUGCUUGCUUCCUCCCUACGCUCCAGCAGGCCUGGGGUCAGUGGCCUGACUGUCACACACUCUGUGCGCUGUCAUUUUAAGAUGCUCUGUAAUAGUAUUAAAUGUCUGCCUUAUCUUCUUGACUUGGCCUUAUCUGGCAGGAAGGGAUUUCACUGUCUGUCACUGCAGCACGGUCACGUGUUUACUGGCUCUGUGUGUGUGCAAGCAAUUUUAUUUGCUUAUGAGUGGGAUUAUAUUUUUUUGUGAGUCCGUGUCAGGAGUUGGUAUGUAUUGUAUGUGUAAUUGAGGUAGAGAUUUGUUAGGAAUUGAUUGGUAGCUAUUAUUAUUAUUAUUUUCUAAAUUAGAGAAUAGGUCAUAGACAGUGGUGGAAAAAGUACUCAAUUGUCAUACUUGAGUCAUUUUCUAUUAAGGUAUCUUUACUUUUACUCAAGUACAAGUGAAAGUCACCCAGUAAAAUACUACUUGAGUAAAAGUCUAAAAGUAUUUGGUUUUACAUAUACUUAAUUAUCAAAAGUAAAUGGAAUUGCUAAAAUGUAUAAAUCAUUUCAACUUCCUUAUAUUAAGCAAACCAGAUGACACUAUUUUAUUAUUGGCGGACAUAAUUUACAAACAAAGCAUUUGUGUUUAGUGAGUCCGCUAUAUCAGAGGUAGUAGGGAUGACCAGGGAUGUUCUCUUGAUAAGUGUGUGAAUUGGACCAUUUUCCUGUCAAAAUGUAACGAGUACUUUUGGGUGUCAGGGAAAAUGUGUGGAGUAAAAAGUACAUUAUUUUCUACAGCAAUGUAGUGAAGUAAAAGUUGCCAAAAAUAUAAAUAGUAAAGUACAGAACCCAAAAAACUACUUAAGUAGUACUUUAAAGUAUUUUUACUUAAGUACUUUACACCACUGAUUAUAGACAAGUAUACAGGUUUUUAAGUCUAAUUUACUGACCAUGCCAAUCAAACAAUUGUAGACAAUUAGGCAUAGGUAAUAAUACAGUUAAGUCGGAAGUUUACAUACACUUAGGUUGGAGUCAUUAAAACUUGUUUUUCAACCACUCCACAAAUUUCUUGUUAACAAACUAUAGUUUUGGCAAGUCUGUUAGGACAUCUGCUUUUGUGGAUGACACAAGUAAUUUUUCCAACAAUUGUUUGCAGACAGAUUAUUUCACUUAUAAUUCACUGUAUCAUAAUUCCAGUGGGUCAGAAGUUUACAUACACUAAGUUGACUGUGCCUUUUAAACAGCUUGGAAAAUUCCAGAAAAUGAUGUCAUGGCUUUAGAAGCUUCUGAUAGGCUAAUUGACAUCAUUUGAGUCAAGUGCCUUUUUGCUUGACAUCAUGGGAAAAUCAAAAGAAAUCAGCCAAGACCUCAGAAAAAUAAUUGUAGACCUCCACAAGUCUGGUUCGUCCUUGGGAGCAAUUUCCAAACGCCUGAAGGUACCACGUUCAUCUGUACAAACAAUAGUACGCAAGUAUAAACACCAUGGGACCACGCAGCUGUCAUACCGCUCAGGAAGGAGACGCGUUCUGUCUCCUAGAGAUGAACGUACUUUGGUGAGAAAAGUGCAAAUCAAUCCCAGAACAACAGCAAAGGACCUUGUGAAGAUGCUGGAGGAAACAGGUACAAAUUUAUCUUUAUCCACAGUAAAACAAGUCCUAUAUCGACAUAACCUGAAAGGACGCUCAGCAAGGAAGAAGCCACUGCUCCAAAACCGCCAUUAAAAAAUCCAGACUACGGUUUGCAACUGCACAUGGGGACAAAGAUCGUACUUUUUGGAGAAAUGUCCUCUGGUCUGAUGAAACAAAAAUAGAACUGUUUGGCCAUAAUGACCAUCGUUAUGUUUGGAGGAAAAAGGGGGUAGCUUGCAAGCCGAAGAACACCAUCCCAACCGUGAAGCACGGGGGUGGCAGCAUCAUGCUGUGGGGGUGCUUUGCUGCAGGAGGGACUGGUGCACUUCACAAAAUAGAUGGCAUCAUGAGGAAGGGAAAAUUAUGUGGAUAUAUUGAAGCAACAUCUCAAGACAUCAGUCAGGAAGUUAAAGCUUGGUCGCAACUGGGUCUUCCAAAUGGACAAUGACCCCAAGCAUACUUCCAAAGUUGGCUUAAGGACAACAAAGUCAAGGUAUUGGAGUGGCCAUCACAAAGCCCUGACCUCAAUCCUAUAGAAAAUGUGUGCACAGAACUGAAAAUGCGUGUGCGAGCAAGGAGGCCUACAAACCUGACUCAGUUACACCAGCUCUGUCAGGAGGAAUGGGCCAAAAUUCAUUAUUCAAACUUAUUGUGGGAAGCUUGUGGAAGGCUACCCGACAUGUUUGACCCAAGUUAAUCAAUUUUAAAGGCAAUGCUACCAAAUACUAAUUGAGUGUAUGUAAACUUCUGACCGACUGGGAAUGUGAUGAAAUAAAUAAAAGCUGAAAUAAAUCAUUCUCUCUACUAUUAUUCUGACAUUUCACAUUCUUAAAAUAAAGUGGUGAUCCUAACUGACCUAAGACAGGGAAUUUUUACUAGGAUUAAAUGUCAGGAAUUGUGAAAAACUGAGUUGAAAUGUAUUUGGCUAAGGUGUAUGUAAACUUACGACUUCAACUGUAGUACAUUAUAUUAUCCUCCUUUGUGUAAUGGCUGUCGGUCUCAUUUUCUGGGUGUACUAACCGCACCUGUUAGGUCAAUGACAAUUUCACAAUGUCAGAGACUCAUGUGGAUUUACAGACUCUUAAGUUAGAAUUGUUGCCUGACCUAACGUGAGAAGGAUCUGGUUACUUUAAUGCAUCAGUUGCAUGUUGGUUUAACAUAGUCCUGGUUUGUUGACAACCUGUUAUUUCUUCCCUAUGGUCAACCCUUUUAGUUGCUGUAGUUGUCACACUCAUAAACUAUGUCAUUAAUUGCUGGUUGGCCAGAUUGCGACAAUAUCUCUUAACUGUAGGCCUUUUAAUCACCCCUGUUUCAUUCCAAGAAGCUGUCUGUAUUUGUUACUGUAUACCUUGAGUUCUUAUAUUAAGCAGCCAAAAUAAGAUUAGUUGAAAUCUCAGUGGUGCACAGCACAUGAACCAUCAACUAAGGUAAGGAUCAUUAUAAAGCCCCCAUUCUUCUUAGAGGUUGGAAGGAGUUCAAGCGUGACACAGAAAUUGAAUUUCUAUGGGUUGUCUCCGGUAAGGGCACUCUUAGUUUUAUCCUGAGUGCCUGCAUCAAUUGCUACAGUGCAUUCGGGUAAGUAUUCAGAGCCCUUGACUUUUUCCACAUUUUGUUACCUUACAGCCUUAUUCUAAAAUUGAUUAAAUCGUUUUUUUCCCCUCAUCAAUCUACACACACUACCACAUAAUGACAAAUAAAAAACAGGUUUUUAGAAAUGUCAGCAAAUUUAUAAAAACAAAAAUGGAAAUAAAACAUUUACAUAAGUAUUCAGACCCUUUACUCAGUACUUUGUUGACGCCCCUUUGGCAGCGAUUACAGCCUUGAGUUUUCUUGGGUAUGACGCUACAAGCUUGGCACACCUGUAUUUUGGGAGUUUCUCCUAUUCUUCUCUGCAGAUCCUCUCAAACACUGUCAGGUUGGAUGGGGAGCGUCACUGCACAGCUAUUUUCAGGUCUCUCCAGAGAUGUUCGGUCGGGUUCAAGUCCGGGCUCUGGUCGGGCCACUCAAGGACAUUCAGAGACUUGUCCCAAAGCCACUCCUGCGUUGUCUUGGCUGUGUGCUUAGGGUCGUUGUCCUGUUGGAAGGUGAACCUUCGCCCCAGUCGGAGGCCCUGAGCGCUCUGGAGCAGGUUUUCAUCAAGGAUCUCUCUGUACUUUGCUCCGUUCAUCUUUCCCUCGAUCCUGACUAUUUUCCCAGUCCCUGCCGCUGAAAAACAUCCCCACAGCAUGAUGCACCGUAGGGAUAGUGCCAGGUUUCCUCCAGAUGUGACGCCUGGCAUUCAGGCCAAAGAGUUCAAUCUUGGUUUCAUCAGACCAGAGAAUCCUGUUUCUCAUGGUCUGAAAGUCCUUUAGGUGCCUUUUAGCAAACUCCAAGCGGGCUGUCGUGCCUUUUUACUGAGGAGUGGCUUCUGUCUGGCCACUCUACCAUGAAGGCCUGAUUGGUAGAGUGCUGCAGAGAUGGUUGUCCUUUUGGAAGGUUCUCCCAUCUCGACAGAGGAACUCUGGAGCUCUGUCAGUGUCCAUCGGGUUCUUGGUCACCUCCCUGACCAAGGCCCUUCUACCCCGAUUGCUCCGUUUGGCCGGGUGGCCAGCUCUAGCAAGAGUCUUGGUGGUUCCAAAACUUCUUCCAUUUAAGAAUGAUGGAGGCCACUGUAUUCUUGGGGACCUUCAAUGCUGCAGAAAUGUUUUGGUACCCUGGGGGGAGGUGAGGGCCCUGAUGGAGUGGUGCCAGGAAAAUAACCUCUUCUGAACGUCAACAAAACGAAGGAGCUGAUCGUGGACUUCAGGAAAAGCAGAGGGAGCAUGCCCCUAUCCACAUCAACGGGACCGCAGUGGAGAAGGUGGAAAGCUUGAAUUUCCUCUGCGUACACAUCACUGACCAUCUGAAAUGGUCCACCCACACAAGACCGUGUGGUGAAGAAGGCGCAACAGCGCCUCUUCAACCUCAGGAGGCUGAAGAAAUUCAGCUUGGCCCCUAAGACCCUCAGAAACUUUUACAGAUGCACAAUUGAGAGCAUCCUGUCGGGCUGUAUAACCGCCUGGUACGGCAACUGCACCGCCCGCAACCGCAGGGCUCUCCAGAGGGUGGUGCGGUCUGCCCAACGCAUCACCGGGGGCACACUGCCUGCCCUCCAGGAUACCUACAGCACCCGAUGUCACAGGAAGGCCAAAAAAGAUAAUCAAGGACAUCAACCACCCGAGCCACGGCCUGUUCACCCCGCUAUCAUCCAGAAGGCGAGGUCAGUACAGGUGCAUCAAAGCUGGGACCGAGAGACUGAAAAACAGCUUCUAUCUCAAGGCCAUCAGACUGUUAAAUAUACAUCACUAGCCGGCAACCACCCAGUUACUCAACCCUGCGCCUUAGAAGCUGCUGCCCUGUAUACAUAGACAUGGAAUCACUGGCCACUUUAAUAAUGGAACACUAGUAAUUUCAAUCAUGUUUACAUACUGCUUUACUCAUCUCAUAUGUAUAUACUGUAUUCUAUUCUACUGUAUUUUAGCCAAUGCCACUCCGACAUUGCUCGUCCUAAUACUUAUAUAUUUCUUAAUUCCAUUCUUUUACUUUUUAGAUUUGUGAAUUGUUAGAUACUACUGCACUGUUGGAGCUAGGAACACAAGCAUUUCGCUACACCCGCAAUAACAUCUGCUAAAUAUGUGUAUGUGACCAAUACAAUUUGAUUUGAUGGAGGCCACUGUGUUCUUGGGGACCUCCAAUGCUGCAGAAAUGUUUUGGUACCCUUCCCCAGAUCUGUGCCUCGACACAAUCCUGUCUCAGAGCUCUACGGACAAUUCCUUCGACCUCAUGGCUUGGUUUUUGCUCUGACAUGCACUGUCAACUGUGGGACCGUUAUAUAGACAGGUGUGUGCCUAUCCAAAUCAUGUCCAAUCAAUUUAAUUUACCACAGUUGGACUCCAAGUUGUAGAAACAUCUCAAGGAUGAUCAAUGGAAACAGGAUGCACCUGAGCUCAAUUUUGAGUCCCAUAGCAAAGGGUCUGAAUACUUAUGUAAAUAAGGUAUUUCUGUUUUGAAUUUUGUAUACAUUUGCCUAAAUGUUUUCGCUUUGUGAUUAUGGGGUAUUGUGUGUAGUUUGAGGAAAAACAUGUAUUUAAUCUAUUUUAGAAUAAGGCUCUAACGUAACAAAAUGUGGAAAAAGUGAAGAGGUCUGAAUAUUUUCCGACUGCACCGUAAGUGGUAUAAUCUUUCCACAUGCCCCCAUAUUUGUUCAGACCUUGACACAGCUGUAACCCCCUACCUACACCUUGACACAGCUUUAACCCCCUACCUACACCUUGACACAGCUGUAACCCCCUACCUACACCUUGACACAGCUGUAACCCCCUACCUACACCUUGACACAGCUGUAACCCCCUACCUACACCUUGACACAGCUGUAACCCCCUACCUACACCUUGACACAGCUGUAACCCCCUAACCUACACCACUAUAACCUCUCCACUAUCCUAUAGAUCAUACUUACUGUAGCAGUAGUUCUACCUCUGCUGGUCCCUUCUAUUACGUUGCAUGACAGGUGGGUGAUGCUACUAGGAGUGUCAUACUGUUGACAGUGAGUCACACUGCUGUGCCUAGUAGGCCAAAGUGUGUUAUUAGGGGCAGGGGUUAGCUGGGGAGAUUGUGUUUUGAUCUGCUUGGCAGGUCAGGUGCAGUUGUAACUGGCAUGGAGGUCCAGGCCCACUGCAGGCCAGCCAGUACCUCACUAAUCUGGGGGAGGGGAGAUUAAGCAUGGAAGGUGGAUGAUCUGAGAAAAGAGCAGAUUUAGUUUGUCUGCCUCUCAAUUCAUACAGUAUAAAAGCAGUGAUGUGGUUAGUCUGAUAUUGAGUCAGUCAAUUUCAAUUUAGGAAUGCACCCAUGUGACUCCCAGCUGCUGUAUUACACAUUUCUAUGAAACAGAUGUCUGUAUGACUCACACAGUACAGCUUCCCAAUGCUUUUCAAUAAACCACCGCUUCUGUUCUCCGUCUAUGUUUCUGCUGUGAUCUGAGAGUUAUGUUAGAGCAUUAGUCACUGCUGUCUCCUCCUCAUUACCUAGGCUGAUGAAUGGCUGUCAUUAUCUGUGUGGUAGUUUCCCUGUUAAUUAUAAUGGGUUGUGAUACACUGCUGUCUGUCUGUGUCAUACACUGCUCUAGCUACCUGCCUGCCUAUCUGUCUGCUCCCAGGUGUGAGUGGGGAGGAUGUGGAGGACCUGCAUGUGUUCCUACUGGUCUGUGGCCUGAGGAGAGUGAAAGAUCCUCUCUAUCUGCUGGAGGCAUUCUCAGGUACGUGAUUACCACCUAGUCCCUAUAUGGUGUCCUAAGUACAUCCUCUGCCUUGACUUUCACUGGACACAAGCCCUGCUACAAUUACAUUAUCUGAUAUUGUAUUUGAGCUAAUUUUACAUUUGUAUUGCCACACAGAAGCACAUGGAAAGUAAAUCAGUCACUGUCUCUGGUUGAUCUCUUUCAGAGUGGCACACUGAGAAUCCCCUGGUAGUGCUCAUCAUCAUCGGACCUAAGGUGAGUGACUAUAAUAGGAUCAGGGUGAUUGUACAGCUGAGGUCAAGCCUUUUUUACCUCCUUUACUGUCUGCAUGUGUCUGUUAAAGCAGAUCAGUGCACGGCCAGCAACCUGCCUCCGGAGGUAGGUCAAAGGUUCCUCUAAUUGGAUGUGGCAAAGAACAGCAUUAGCCGGCAUUAGCUGGAAUAACGGGCGGCAUUGAGCGGCUCGCGAGCUGCAGACUUAGGAGCCAGGGGGAGUUACAGUUUCAGUGCUGGGCUGCCCCUACCUGCCUGACUCUCUGCCUUCCUGUUCUCUCAGAGCAGCCAGCCCACUGUACUGCUGCAGUGCAGCCACUGGACAAGCCCCAGCACCAAGAAAUCUGCUGGGCUAGUUUAUAGUCUGGCCCACCCAGGGGUUUCCACCCUGCCAGGGGUACGGUCACACACCACUGGGCCCCAGUGUCAUAGAGGGCAGCAUGGGAUUAGGCUGCUGAUAGAUCUCUCUCUGUCACAUACUGUGUGUUAAGAGGGCAGUGGUUCGCUUGAUUUAUUAAAAAAUAUGAAUAGUUAUAUUUCAUUUACAAUUAUUAUGACCAGCUUAUGAAAUAGUAUUGAUUUGAUAAUGCACUUUCACUGUCUUGAUUCAUUUGUUGCUAUUUUUCAAAGUCUUUGUAUUGCAUUGGCAUGAUAGUUGAUAAAACCUGGUUAAAAAGAGUAGAGCCAGAAUGCCAGAUGAAAUCACCAUUACUGCAUAGUAGCAGGAAGAAGGGUGCUCUCACCUCUAGCACUAAAACAUGAACGUUUUCCACUGAUUUGAUUGCAGUCUACUUUCUGUGCUUGAGUAUUGAUCUUCUGAGAAGGGCUGCCAAAGAGAGGCUGUACCUUAGCUGACAAAGGCCACCUUGGUGCUUUUACCCCUGCUCUCUCUUCUUGUGUGUUCUCCACCAUUUUGUUUUUUCCUAUUGAUUCUGUGUGGGCCUCCUCCCACAGACAGCUUUAAUCACGCCAUCAAAUAAUUUUGUUUUUGUAUUUUUUUGUUUAACUGAUUCUCUGAAAUAGCAGUAUCAUAAAAAGGUCUAUUGUGUUUUUGCGUUGUUCAAAGGCAUCUUUGAGUAGAAUUGGCCAGGGGCACACUACUGUCUAGGCUGAUGUUAUUGCUGCUCUGCUGUGGUUUGUGUUGUUGUUUGAUAAGAAGAUUCAGUGAAAGCAGAGUCUUUUAGUGAUUCAUGUAGACGACAUCAAAUGAAACACAGUGGUGUCUGUGCUCAAAUUUAUUUCUGUUCGCUAAGAUAUGAAGGCAACAAAAUAUCCAUCCGUUCUAUGUUAAAUAAACACUAUGCUGGAGAUGUAUUGCUAAUUAUUAAAUGCAAGAUAAUCUAGUUGUUUAAGGUUGAUGGGUAAGAUAUAAAGGUAUGUCUCUCUCUCCAAACAAUUUCACACAGAUUCUGUUAUUCUGUCUAGUUUGUUAAAACGAUUAUAUUACCAGUAAUCUAUUCAUAUAUUGAUAUCUGUAUCAGUACAAUAUCAAGGAAUAGUAAUCACUGAUGUCAUUGUCUUCCUGACCCUUUUUUAUCUUUGUAAAUCCUAGCUUUGUUUCUGGAUGUUGAGUAUUCUCAAGUAAGAUUAUUUGCAUGUGAUACACAAAUGCGCAUUAAAUAUCACAUUUCAAUUCUGAAAAGUGAUAAGCAUGACAAUAAAACAAAAAAAAGGAAAACACCAACUUGCGUGCUGUAUCUUUGACCUAAAUUGCUAUGAUGCUUGGACUUUGCGGUGGGCCAGCUAAUGCACACAAAUCCCACAGCGCAAUUAAUCAGAUUGGGCACCCACCCCACCCUGACCCCAAUCUCUGAAAAUACAGGAUUUUCAGAAAAUGAUUUGGGCAUGUUAGAAAUGAUAAGCUGUGACAUUGUUGUAUAUCUUAUGGUCAUGAUUAAGGCAUGGCUGUCAUUAUGUCAUAGAGGGUAUAGGUACAGUGACUUCAGAAAGUAUUCAUACCCCUUGAGAAUUAUUCACAAUUUUCCCAUCUACACACAAUACCCCAUAAUGACAAAGUGAAAACAUGUUUUUCGAAAAUUUAGCAAAUUUACUGAAAUACAGAAAUAUGACAUUUACAUACAGUGCCUUCAGAAAGUAUUCACAACCCUUGACUUUUUCCACAUUUUGUUGUGUUAGGGAUGGAUCGAAAUGUACACCAAUGGUACAGAAAGGGGGAGGGUCACUAUCAAUUGAUUAAGCUGUUCACUUUCUGUACAUUUAUAAUAUGUUUAAAUCCAGACCGCUUUUAGGGAAACACUUGGGUUAAGACACAGAAGUAGAGUAGCCAGCAGUUAAAGCUUAAAUGUUCCCUGCAUCGGUAGGCCUACUCUGUCUGGGGUGGAAAAGAUAUGCCUAACAUUUUGAAAGUACCAUGCUCAGAUUCCUAAUGACUUCUCAGCUUUAAUUAUUUGCAAACUGGGACAGUUUCGUUGCAAACAAGACACUUAUUUGGCAUUGGAGACAUAUAAGCUGAACAGCCCUAUCUCUCUGUCCAUUCUUAGUUUGUCAUUUCUGUGGUAUAAAAAAAUAUUCUGCUAAUAUGUAAAAUGACGUAGAAUUGCAUGACAUGUUUAUAAAAUGAGUUUUUUUUUUGGAAUUGCAAAUACGAUGAUGGGUUAAUGCAAUGCUUUUACUAUAAAGGAGAUUGUUCCACCCCUACUCUUGUCCACAGUGGUCUGCGAACCCACAACCUUCUGGCCCGCAGCCCUUCCUGCGUUGCCAUGUAAUGCUUGCAGGACGAAGAAUAGUUUCUAAAACUGCAUAUCUAAGGCUCUGGUCUGUCCAAGAAUUGAGGGUAAACGGUAGACAUGUUCUCUGCAAUCCACUUUGUUUUAGUUAUUAUUUGGGGUAAAGGGUAGGGUCACUUUUCUUUUUUCUUUUUUUUUAAGCGUUCAGGGAGGGUUUAGGUCAAAUAUAUUUUGCUGAAAGGAGGGCCAUCAAUUUUCAUUUCAGAGAGGUCUGAUUUUCUCCAUGUAACCCUUAUUAUAAAUAAUGUUCACUCCCUUACAGCCUGAAUUUAAAAUGGAUUACAUUUAGAUUUUGUCACUGGCCUACACACAAUACCCCAUAAUGUCAAAGUGGAGUAAUGUUUUUAGACAUUUUUACAAAUUUAAUUAAAAAUGAAAAGCUGAAAUGUAUUGAGUCAAUAAGUAUUCAACCCCUUUGGGAUGGCAAACUUAAAUAAGUUCAGGAGUCAAUACGUUACAAUCCUGUACAGAAUAAAAACACCCCUGAGUCAAUACAGUGGGGAAAAAAGUAUUUAGUCAGCCACCAAUUGUGCAAGUUCUCCCACUUAAAAAGAUGAGAGAGGCCUGUAAUUUUCAUCAUAGGUACACGUCAACUAUGACAGACAAAAUUAGAAUUUUUUCCAGAAAAUCACAUUGUAGGAUUUUUAAUGAAUUUAUUUGCAAAUUAUGGUGGAAAAUAAGUAUUUGGUCAAUAACAAAAGUUUCUCAAUACUUUGUUAUAUACCCUUUGUUGGCAAUGACACAGGUCAAACGUUUUCUGUAAGUCUUCACAAGAUUUUCACACUGUUGCUGGUAUUUUGGCCCAUUCCUCCAUGCAGAUCUCCUCUAGAGCAGUGAUGUUUUGGGGCUGUCGCUGGGCAACACGGACUUUCAACUCCCUCCAAAGAUUUUCUAUGGGGUUGAGAUCUGGAGACUGGCUAGGCCACUCCAGGACCUUGAAAUGCUUCUUACGAAGCCACUCCUUCGUUGCCCGGGCGGUGUGUUUGGGAUCAUUGUCAUGCUGAAAGACCCAGCCACGUUUCAUCUUCAAUGCCCUUGCUGAUGGAAGGAGGUUUUCACUCAAAAUCUCACGAUACAUGGCCCCAUUCAUUCUUUCCAUUACAUGGAUCAGUCGUCAUGGUCCCUUUGCAGAAAAACAGCCCCAAAGCAUGAUGUUUCCACCCCCAUGCUUCACAGUAGGUAUGGUGUUCUUUGGAUGCAACUCAGCAUUCUUUGUCCUCCAAACACGACGAGUUGAGUUUUUACCAAAAAGUUAUAUUUUGGUUUCAUCUGACCAUAUGACAUUCUCCCAAUCCUCUUCUGGAUCAUCCAAAUGCACUCUAGCAAACUUCAGACGUGCCUGGACAUGUACUGGCUUAAGCAGGGGGACACGUCUCGCACUGCAGGAUUUGAGUCCCUGGCGGCGUAUUGUGUGUUACUGAUGGUAGGCUUUGUUACUUUGGUCCCAGCUCUCUGCAGGUCAUUCACUAGGUCCCCCCGUGUGGUUCUGGGAUUUUUGCUCACCGUUCUUGUGAUCAUUUUGACCCCACGGGGUGAGAUCUUGCGUGGAGCCCCAGAUCGAGGGAGAUUAUCAGUGGUCUUGUAUGUCUUCCAUUUCCUAAUAAUUGCUCCCACAGUUGAUUUCUUCAAACCAAGCUGCUUACCUAUUGCAGAUUCAGUCUUCCCAGCCUGGUGCAGGUCUACAAUUUUGUUUCUGGUGUCCUUUGACAGCUCUUUGGUCUUGGCCAUAGUGGAGUUUGGAGUGUGACUGUUUGAGGUUGUGGACAGUGUCUUUAUACUGAUAACAAGUUCAAACAGGUGCCAUUAAUACAGGUAACGAGUGGAGGACAGAGGAGCCUCUUAAAGAAGAAGUUACAGGUCUGUGAGAGCCAGAAAUCUUGCUUGUUUGUAGGUGACCAAAAACUUAUUUUCCACCAUAAUUUGCAAAUAAAUUCAUUAAAAAUCCUACAAUGUGAUUUUCUGGAAUUUUUUUUCUCAAUUUGUCUGUCAUAGUUGACGUGUACCUAUGAUGAAAAUUACAGGCCUCUCUCUCUCAUCUUUUUAAGUGGGAGAACUUGCACAAUUGGUGGCUGACUAAAUACUUUUUUCCCCCACUGUACAUGUUACAGUCACCUUUGGCAGCGUUUAUAACUGUAAGUCUUUCUGGGUAAGUCUCCAAGAGCUUUGCACACCUAGAUUGUACAAUAUUUGCCCAGUAUUCUUUUAAAAAAUCUGCAAGCUCUGUCGAAUUGGUUGUUGAUCAUUGACAUAGAUUUUCAAGCAGAUUUAAGUCAAAACUGUAACUCGGCCAUUCGGGAACAUUCACUGUCUGCUUGGUAAGCAACUCCAGUGGAGAUUUGGCCUUGUGUUUUAGGUUAUUGUCCUGCUGAAAGGUGAAUUCAUCUCCCAGUGUCUGGUGGAAAGCAGACUGAACCAGGUUUUCCUCUAGGAUUUUGCCUGUGCUUAGCUCCAUUCUGUUUCUUUUUUUAUCCUGAAAAACUCCCCAGUCCAUAUUGAUUACAAGCAUACCAAUGACAUGAUGCAGCCAACACUAUGCUUGAAAAUAUGAAGAGUGGUACUCAGUAAUGUUAUGUGCAAGUCCAAUACAACACAUAACACUUUGUAUUCAGGACAAAAAAAUGAAUUGCUUUGCAAAUUUUUUUGCAGAAUUACUUUAUUGCCUUGUUGCAAACAGGAUGCAUGUUUUUGGAAUAUUUGUAUUCUGUACAGGCUUCCUUCUUUUCAGUCUGUCAAUUAGGUUAGUAUUGUGGAGUAACUACAAUGUUGUUGCGCCAUCCUCAGUUUUCUCCUAUCACAGCCAUUAAACUAUGUAACUGUUUUAAAGUCACCAAUGGCCUCAUGGUGAAAUCCCGGAGCGGUUUCCUUCCUCUCCAGCAACUGAGUUAGGAAGGUGACUUUAUCUUUGUAGUGACUAAGUGUAUUGAUACACCAUCUAAAGUGUAAUUAAUAACUUCAUCAUGCUCAAAGGGCUAUUCAAUGUCUGCUUUCUUUAUUUUUACCCAUCUACCAAUAUGUGCCCUUCUUUGCGGCAUUGGAAAACCUCCCUGGUCUUUGUGGUUUAAUCUGUGUUUGAAAUUCACUGCUCGGCUUAGGGACCUUACAGAUGGUAUGUGUGGGGUACAGAGAUGAGGUAGUCAUUCAAAAAUCAUGUUAAACACUAUUAUUGCACACAGAGUGAGUCCAUGCAACUUAUUAUGUGACAUGUUAAGCAAAUUUUUACUCCUGAACAUAUUUAUGCUUGCCAUGACAAAGGUGUUGAAUACUUAUUGACACAAGACAUUUCAGCUUUACAUCUUUUGUAUUAAUUUGUAAAAAUUCCACUGACAUUAUGGGGUAUUGUGUAUAGGCCACUUACACAAAAUCUAAGUGUAAUCCAUUUUAAAUUCAGGCUGUAACACAACAAAAUGUGGAAAAAGUCAAGGGGUAUGAAUACUUUCUUGAAAUAUAAACGAAUGCUCAAGCUCAUUAAAUAUACUGAACAAAAAAUAUAAACACAACAUGUAAAGUGUUUGUCCCAUGUUUCAUGAGCUGAAAUAAAAGUUCCCAGAAAUGUUCCAUAUGCACAAAAAGCUAAUUUCUAUAAAAUGUUGUGCACAAAUUUAUUUACAUCCCUGUUAGUGAGCAUUUCUCCUUCGCCAAGGUAAUCCAUCCACCUGACAGGAGUGGCAAAUCAAGAAGCUGAUUAAACAGCAUGAUCAUUACACAGGUGCACCUUGUGCUGGGGACAUUAAAAAGGCCACUCUAAAAUGUGCAGUUUUGUCACACAACACAAAGCCACAGAGGGAGCAUGCAAUUGGCAUGCUGACUGCAGGAAUGUCCACCAAAGCUGUUGCCAGAGAAUUGUAUGUAAAUGUUUCUACCUUAAGCCGCCUCCAAUAUUGUUUUAGAGAAUUUGGCAGUAUGUCCAACUGGCCUCACAACCGCAGACCACGUGUAACCAUGCCAGCCCAGGACCUCUACAUCCGGCUUCUUCACCUGUGGGAUCAUCUGAGACUAGCCACCUGGACAGCUGAUAAAACUGUGGGUUUGCACAACCAAAGGAUUUCUGCACAAACUGUCUGAAACCGUCUCAGGGAAGCUCAUCUGCGUGCUCGUCAUCCUCACCAGGGUCUUGACCUGACUGCAGUUCGAUGUCGUAACCAACUUCAGUGGGUAAAUGUUCACCUUCGAUGGCCACUGGCACGCUGGAGAAGUGUGCUCGUCACAGAUUAAUCCUGGUUUUCAACUGUACCGGGCAGAUGGAAGACGGCGUGUAUGGCGUCAUGUGGGCGAGCGGUUUGCUGAUGUCAACGUUGUGAACAGAGUGCCCCAUGGUGGCAUUGGGUUAUGGUAUGGACAGGCAUAAGCUAUGGACAACGAACGCAAUUGCAUUUUGAAUGCACAGAGAUACCGUGAUGAGAUACUGAGGCCCACUGUCGUGACAUUCAUCCGCCGCCAUCACCUAAUGUUUCAGCAUGAUAAUACACGGCCCUAUUCCGCAAGGAUCUGUACACAAUUCCUGGAAGCUGAAAAUGUCCCAGUUCUUCCAUGGCCUGUAUACUCACCAGCCAUGUCACCCACUGAGCAUGUUUGGGAUGCUCUGGAUCAACGUGUACAACAGUGUUCCAGUUCCCGCCAAUAUCCAGCAACUUCGCACAGCCAUUAAAGAGGAGUGGGACAACAUUCCACAGGCCACAAUUAACAGCCUGAUCAACUCUAUGCGAAGGAGAUGUCGUGCUGCAUGAGGCAAAUGGUGGUUACACCAGAUACUGACUGGUUUUCUGAUCCACGCCCCUACAUUUAUUUAUUUAUUUCAAUUGACUGAUUUCCUUCUAUUAACUGUAACUCAGCAAAAUCUUUGAAAUUGUUGUCUGUUGCGUUCAUAUUUUUGUUCAGUGUAGUUAAACAGCAUCAAGUCUAACGUGCUUUGAGUGGAACAUAGACAGUUUUUACCACCAAAUAGAUAGUUAUGUCAAAAAGUGUAUUUUAAAGUAUUUGUUUUCUCUGAUUUUUCUCUUAGAUUGAUCCUGUGUUUACUGAAGAAGUAGAAGCAAUCAGUAAAAGGUAAAGCCUUUCAAAAUUUUCUUUAAUGGUUAUCAGUUUAGUAGAACAUUAUCGCUGACUAAAGAUCUGCCAAACUGAUAUGGACCCUGCCGCUCAUGUGAGAAAUUCAAAGACACCCAGGCUUAUCUAACGCUUUAUCCCGUGUGGCCCAAGAAAGAAUGUAAACAAACUUUGCUUAUGUCUUCAGUAGUGUUAGCAGAAUGUAAAUUAAAAAGAUGUAGUCUAGCUUGUUAUCUUUCCACCCCCUGACAGAGGCAUGGCUCAGUUCUGAGAGAUAUUAACCAAAGGGCUUCACCUCUUGGUCAAUGUGGUUUCAGACAGUGAGGAAACAGCCCUGUCUCUCUAUGGUUAGGACUUCAUGUACUUUCAGAGCAUGUCAUGUCAAUCAUACUGCACCGUGGCGCCAGCGGUCCGUGCAUCAUGCCCUGCACCUGUCACUCCUGCCUGUCAUUCACGGCUGUGUGUGCCCCGUGGUGAGCCCUGUGUCACGCAGAGUGCUGCUACUGCUGUGUUUCUCCCAGGUUAGCAGGGGUUUACCUGGCCCAGGAGAUGAGCCAAGAGGAGCUCCAUGCUGCUAUGAGGAGGUCAGCUGCCCUGGUUAACAGUUCAGUCUCCGAGGGGAUGUCCGCUGCCAUUUUAGAGGUGCUUAUCCUCAGGGGUGAGGGAUCACUAUAUGGGGCAAAGUCAGCAAUCAUCUUUUUAUCAUUACAGUCAUCAUUGUCAUUAUUUCCACUGGCAUGCUCCGCCCACAAAAUCUAUCACAAUGUAUAUUGUUAAUUCAGCUCAGAAUAUAAUAUGUUGGUGUCACAUGCAGCUCUUUCAAGGCACCAAUAUUCCACCCUGGGAACAUUUGUAUUAUUUGAUUAAAGUGUUAAAUGACCUGUACCAGAGCAAUUAUGAGAAUGAAUAGCUUGUCAUACUAUCUUUCCAGAAUUGGGUGUAAUCCUCUUAAUCUGUUUUAAACACUGUAGAUUAAAACAAUCCACAGAAGGCUUAAACACUGAUUAGCAUGUUUCACUUCCAGAACCUUCUGAUGAGGUAUUACCUGAAUUAAUGACAGUUAAGUCCCAAGGGGAUACCAACAAGUAAAGUAAAUUAAGGGCUAGAAGAUGCCAGCUAGCUAACAAUAGCCGUUCCCGAGUCAGGUGUGUGGGGUUUGAUGUAGCUGUGUCUGUGUCAUGUAUUGUGUUGUUCAGGCAAUGGAUCUGGAGGUACCGGUGGUGGCUCGUGACAUCCCAGGCAACACAGCGGUGGUGCAACAUGAGGUCACUGGUCUGCUCUACUCAUCCCCUAAGGUAAGAACCCUUCCAAUGGUUACCAGUCAAAGCUGUAAGAUGACUUUCACUUCCACUGUGCAAGAGGCUAAUGCAGAAGAAAGACAGCCACCAGCAGCAGCAACAUAACUGAGCCUACCACUGAGGUGUAUUAGACCCACCUAAAAGAAUAUAAUAAUAAUAUAUACAUUUACAUUUUAGUCAUUUAGCAGACGCUCUUAUCCAGAGCGACUUACAGUUAGUGAGUUUUUUUUAUACUGGCCCCCCGUGGGAAUUGAACCCACAACCCUGGCGUUGCAAGCGCCAUGCUCUACCAACUGAGCUACACAGGACCAAGUAUCAGACAAUUUUAUCCAAAGCAACUUAGUCAUGCUGCAUACAUUUUACGUAUGGGUGGUCCCUGGAAUAAAACCCACUACCCUGGCAUUACAAGCAUCAUACUCUACCAACUCAGCUACAAAGGACCAUAGAAUGCGGCUGUCUUUCCCCUAUUACAGUCUGCUGUUUCUGAGUAUUAACCUACUGUACUAGACACAAUCUUUAUGCUAUAGUUUUUUGUUAGGCUUAAAAUAACAACCCAAAAUGACAUAAUAGUUUGGUGGUGCGUAAGUAGGUAAAAAGGGAUUCAACAUGUCUUAGGGGCCUAGACUUUAGUGAGAAUGUAGACCAGUGAACAGUAUCCAGUGAACUGUAUAAUGGUACACGGCAGCAACCAGGCAUGUGGAGAAAGCGAGAGGUCCUUGGAGGGUCACUUUAACUAACUGCUCAGAGAGGUUUUAUGUGAGAGCAGCGGUAGGUGUCAGCCGGCAGUGGGUACGUCCUCAGCAUGGUAUGGUGGCAGGCAGGAGGGCGACAUUAGCGUAAUGCUGCUAUGAUGCCAAGAGAUAAGUCAGUCCUCUUCUCUCCAGGGGAGGUCGUGUCACGUGUGCUCAGCUGAGGCGUGGAGAAAUCCCUCCAAGGGGGAACCUCACACAGAUUGCUGCAGAGACCAGGGUUAGCUAAACCAUGACUUCUAGCUAACAGCUUCUGCUGUUUCAACUGAAACUCUCUGGCUGACACAACUUUUUCACACAGGAUAAUUUACAUGUUGCUCAAGCCUUUCCCAGCGCUGAUAAUGUGUUAUUGGCCAUUCAUCAAUUUGUGGUGUUGACUUGUUCAUUUGACACGGUACAUAACACUCCUCAAGAGUGUUCGAAAUGUACUAUAAAGGCUGUCAAAAAAUCAAGCACUUGGAUGCCUGUAGCACUAUAACCAGAAUGGCAUUUUCAGAACGACUGUAGUAUAUUUUUGAUGGAGUCCAUUGAAUAUAGAAGAACUUGACUUUUAAUGGUUUUGCUGGGAAUUCAUGGCUCUCAUAUGGCUUCAACUCAAAUGAAGAGGCACUCCAAACAUGAUCACAUCACUUGAGUGAAGUAAAACGGCCUGAUGCUCUGGCGUUGGCUGCAGCUCUGUUUACCCACAAGGCUCUCUGCUCCAGGAGAUCUUGGCUGCUGUGCCUGAGCCCUUACUGAAAGGCUGUGUAAAUCUGUUGUUACAUCCCUGGUCGCAGCCUCCCAGGCCACUAAAAAAUCUGCCAGAAUCCAAGAAGGACCUUAUGGACUCCAAACAUUUCCACCGGUGCUCAGGGAUAAUGUCAUUACUCAUUUUGUAAUUGCUUGAUAUAUUUCUCCCCAUCUCAUCCUGACAGCUGGUGUGGCAGGGCCAUUAAAUAGCAGCAGACAGACACUGUUUGUGUUCCACUCCCUUCAUAAACAAAUAGGAAGCAGCAGCCAUCAGAAUAGGUUGCAAAGGGCCAUUGCACGGGCCUAUUUGAAACUGGUCACAGAUGUCUCCAUCAAUUAGCAAGGCAGAGCACAUUCAAUGAGUGUUUACCAGUCAGAAUAGCAACAUUCCCUCAUGUCAUUCACUGCUGUGGUUGGUUACACCUAAUUAACUCACUGCUUUAAUGGGUUCUUAGAGGCUUGUUAAAUAAAUAAAUAAAAUUACAAGUGGAAUGUUUAUUUUUGGGUAAAAUACUAGUACAGAUGUGUGCUUCAUUCAGUAACUUCUGAAGCCUUGAUUGUCCUUGCCCCACCUCCAGGAAUUUGUGCGUGUGUCUCAGAGGCUGCUGGUAGACGGGGAGCUGCGGGAGCGUGUGGUGACGAACGGGAAGCGCUACGUUGAGGAGCACCACAGCCUGGACCAUGAGAGGGAGGCCUACCAGAGGCUGGUGGACACUCUGCACUGA